CCUCUCUCCGCACUGGCACCGACCCUUUCCUUUUGUUCUCUCCGCAUCCGCGCUGUGCGCCUACUGCUGCUCGACUCCGCUUCAGUUCUACAUUCCACCGGCACCUCUACCUAAUACCGACCUGUCGACACCGUCAAGAUGAGAGGCGAGAUUCUUCACGUUCACCUGGGCCAGGCUGGCGCCCAGCUGGGUCACAGUGCUUGGGAGCUGUACCUUCUUGAGCAUGGUCUCGCAGCGGACGGCCGCCCGGAUCCCAAUGCCAAGGACCUCGCCGAGGGCGGCUCGUUUGAGACCUUCUUCACCGAGACGAGCAAUGGAAAAUAUGUCCCCCGGUCCAUCUUUGUCGACCUCGACCCCUCUCCUAUCGACGAGAUCCGCACCGGCACCUACCGCCAGCUCUUCCACCCCGAGCUCCUGAUCAGCGGCAAGGAGGAUGCUGCCAACAACUACGCCCGUGGCCACUACACCAUCGGCAAGGAGAUGAUUGACAACGUCAUCGACCGCAUCCGCCGCGUUGCUGACAACUGCCAGUCUCUCCAGGGUUUCCUGGUCUUCCACUCGUUUGGCGGUGGUACCGGCUCCGGUUUUGGUGCCCUCCUCCUCGAGCGCCUGUCGACCGACUAUGGCAAGAAGUGCAAGCUGGAGUUCACCGUCUACCCGUCGCCGCGCCUCUCCUCUGCCGUCGUCGAGCCCUACAACGCUGUCCUUUCCACCCACAGCACCAUCGAGAACUCGGACUGCACCUUCCUGGUUGACAACGAGGCCGUUUUCGACAUCUGCCGCCGGAAUCUGGACAUUCCUCGGCCGAGCUACGAGCACCUCAACCGCCUGAUUGCCCAGGUCGUCUCUUCCAUCACCUCUUCCCUGCGCUUCGACGGUGCCCUCAACGUCGACCUGAACGAGUUCCAGACCAACCUGGUCCCGUACCCGCGUAUCCACUACCCGUUGAUCAGCUACGCCCCCGUCAUUUCGGCCGCCAAGAGCGCUCACGAGAGCUUCAAGGUCUCGGACCUGACCUUCCAGUGCUUCGAGCCCAACAACCAGAUGGUUGUCUGCGACCCCCGCAAGGGCAAGUACAUGGCCGUCGCUCUCCUGUACCGCGGCGACGUCGUGCACCGCGACUGCUCCGCCGCCGUCGCCCAGCUCAAGUCCAAGGCCUCGUUCAACCUGGUCGAGUGGUGCCCGACCGGCUUCAAGAUCGGCAUCAACUACCAGAAGCCCGUCGCCGUGCCCGCCGCCCCCGAGGACGGUGGUCUCGCCUCCGUCGACCGCUCCGUCUCCAUGCUGUCCAACACCACCGCCAUCGCCGAGGCCUGGUCGCGCCUCGACUACAAGUUCGACCUCAUGUACAGCAAGCGCGCCUUCGUCCACUGGUAUGUCGGCGAGGGCAUGGAGGAGGGCGAGUUCAGCGAGGCCCGCGAGGACCUGGCCGCUCUCGAGAAGGACUACGAGGAGGUCGCUGCCGACUCGGCCGAGUUCGACGAGGGCGAGGCCGAGUACUAAGCGGCUGGAACCGUGGUGUGCGCGCGCGCUCGGUGCAGUCACGGUUUCGGGCCGGGUGCUUGCCUGUGUGCGCGCAGGUAAGACAAGCCUCUUGGGCUUGUUACGUACCUGAGGCGCUCCUCUGGGGGAUGAGAAACGAAGGAGGGAGGGAAGGAAGGAA